UCGGCCAAUAGAAUUGGAACAGAAGCAACCGUUUACGUAUGCACGCAACGGAUAAAGCUAAAUGAGCUAUGAGCUAAUUUUCCGAUCGUGUUUAGGUAACAUUAAAUAUCCGAAGUCGACAUUCAGCUACUAAGGAGUUAUAUAAAAGAUUUGCAUCAUGGGUGAACCACAGCAGGUCAGUGCCCUGCCUCCGCCACCUAUGCAGUACAUUAAAGAGUACACAGAUGAAAACAUUCGCAAGGGUCUGGCGCCAAAGCCACCUCCACCUAUCAGAGACAGUUACAUGAUGUUUGGCAACCAGUUUCAGUGUGAUGACCUCAUUAUCCGUCCUUUGGAGAGCCAAGGCAUCGAAAGACUCCAUCCCAUGCAGUUUGACCACAAACGGGAGCUCAAGAAAUUAAACAUGUCUAUUCUUGUGAACUUUCUGGACUUGCUGGACAUCCUUAUCAAGAGCCCUGGCAGUAUAAAGCGUGAAGAGAAGCUAGAGGACAUUAAGCUUUUAUUUGUUCAUAUGCACCAUCUGAUAAAUGAGUACAGGCCACAUCAAGCCAGAGAGACACUGAGGGUGAUGAUGGAGGUGCAGAAGAGACAGAGGCUGGAGACUGCAGAACGGUUCCAGAAACAUCUGAAUAGGGUGGUGGAGAUGAUCCACGGGUGCCUCGCCUCCCUACCUGAUGACUUACCUCAGAUGGAUGUUUCAGAUAAUGCUUGUGAUGUGAUAAAGAGUGCAUCUGCUGGAGUUAGUGUUGGUCGUCCCUCUGGACAGGCCCCCAGGCUGAACACGGAAACGAUGGAUGUAGAAGAAGCAGGUGCCAGCUGCAUGGCAGCAGGUCACCAGGACCAGAAUAUCUCAAGUUCAAAGAGGGAGAAAAUAUGGGACAAAGAUGCUGCCAUGUGCAAUAUUAUUGAUGAAAUAGCUUAAUUAUAUAUUGUUUAGUAAUUAGCAUUUUUUUCUUCAUUUUUCUUUUCUUUUUUGUAUUUGUACUCCUAAACUGUAUUUUUGUAUGCUGUACUUUGUAAAUAUUUGCACCUCCAAGAGCAAAGCUUGCAGUGUUCGAACGUGGAAUCCUUGUAGCAUUGCAAGGCAUUUGAUGUAAAUCCUCUUUUAGUGAUUACUGUAAAAAAUUGUCAAAUAAUUAAAUUAGUAGAUCAGCUUGGAUGUCAUUUUAGUUGUUUCCCAUUAAAUUUAAUGAAAAGAUCUAAUUGCAGUAAGAUUUCAGUGCUGCUAAAUGUAAAUAUAUAAAAGAAAUCCA